CCCCCCCCCCCCCCCCCACACACACACACAACCCCGGUAUUAUAGUUACUGCUUUGCUUGAGCCGCAGUUGAAGAGGUGGUAGUUAACUGCUGAGGGAUGGGGGUUAGAGAAGCGUGCACCAUCCGACUACCUGUGUGGGAUAUAUGAUGUGCUGUGUGUUAGUUUGAACAUUUAUCCAAAGGAGGAAUGUUUCAUCAUUUCAUGGACACGACCAAUGUUGCGACUUUCACUGAUAACAUGAAACGAGGCAUUGCAAGUGCCAACAACUCUGUUAUGUGAGGAUGGCUUUGUAAAAACCCUGGCUCUUCACAUUCGUCGGGAUUCCCCGCAAUAUUCUCACCAAGAAAACAAAUCCGCAAAAAUGGACAAUGAAAGUGUAGCACAAAGAUACGAGCCCGUCGCCGAGAUUGGCGAAGGUGCUUACGGAAAGGUGUACAAGGCACGAGAUUUGAAGAACGCGGGACGCUUUGUAGCCCUAAAAAGAGUUCGGGUACAGACGGAGGAGGAAGGGAUGCCCCUCUCGACCAUCCGUGAGGUGGCGGUACUGAGGCAACUGGAGGCAUUCGAACACCCCAACGUGGUCAGACUGUUCGAUGUGUGUACUGUGUCUCGGACCGACCGCGAGACCAAGCUGACCCUGGUCUUUGAGCAUGUUGACCAGGACCUGACCACAUACCUAGAGAAAGCCCCUGAUCCUGGGGUGCCACCUGAAACUAUCAAGGAUAUGAUGUACCAGCUGCUGCAGGGGUUGGACUUCCUGCACUCACACCGUGUGGUUCACCGGGACCUGAAACCCCAGAACAUCCUGGUCACCAGUGGAGGACAGAUAAAACUGGCCGACUUCGGUCUUGCCAGAAUAUACAGCUUUCAGAUGGCCCUGACCUCCGUGGUGGUGACGUUGUGGUACAGAGCCCCAGAGGUGUUGCUCCAGUCCAGCUAUGCCACCCCAGUUGACUUGUGGAGUGUGGGCUGUAUCUUCGCUGAGAUGUUCAGGAGAAGACCUUUGUUUAGAGGAAGCUCAGAUGUUGAUCAGCUGGGCAAGAUUUUUGAUGUGGUCGGGGUUCCCUCGGUGGAGGACUGGCCCCAGGAAGUUGCCCUACCACAGAGUGCCUUCUCUCCACGACCCCCUCAGCCAAUCGGAAACCUCAUCCCUGACAUGGACGAGCUGGGGAAGUCCCUUAUACUGCAAUUCCUGGCAUUCAAUCCCGCCAAAAGGAUAUCAGCGUUUGCUGCUCUGACCCACCCCUACUUCCAGAGUGUGGAUAGUGACAGUAAGAGUGUGUACGCUCAGCCCAUUGCCAGCAACAAGCCCACCAUGGAGGAGAGUGCUGCCUGACAGCCCCCCGUCCCAGGAUAAGAGAGAGAGAGAGCGAGAGAGAUGGACACAAAGACAGAGAAAGAGAGCAACAGACAGACAUUUGAUUCUAAAAUGCAACAGUGCUGUCUUCCACAAUGUACUGAUUCGAAUGCUGCUUUUUAGGAUAAUUUUUUUUAAAUUAAAAAAUGUAAACAAUGCAAGGACCCUUAAAGCUGAGAUGUACUGCCACCAGGGGAGAACCUCUGGAUGUCCAGGAGCUGCUGCCUCUUGUCUCUUCUGCCUUAGCCUGAGAAGAGGCUCCUCAGUGAGGGAACACCAAGCACCAAGGGUAGGUCGGCAUGGAUCUCACCUGGAGCUCAUCUCCACGACUGAACUGAGAGAGAGGAUACACACACAUAUGUUUAUCCCAUGCAGGAGGACCUCACACUGCCUAGUGCUGCUUAUGGUCCAAACAUACAUUUGUGUUUUUAUAUCACUGCCAUCUACAGGUAGUCCUGUGUUGCUGCAGACUGGAGCAGGAUUCUGAUGGGCUUCAGCUUAAAAGACUUGUGACUGGUGCAAACGAAGCACUCCACGGAACAACUGAAAAUGGAUCACUUUGAGUUCUUCUUAUGGCAUCCAUACUUCAGUGUCAUAAAGUGAGAUGAAAUCAGAUGGACACCAUUCAAGAGCCUAUGUGUUACUCUUUCUGAUGACCUGAUCAAUCAGAAACACAGAAACACAGCCUAAAACCCCAAACAGCAAGCAAUGCAGAUGUAGAAGCAUGGGGGCUAGGAAAAACUCCCUAGAAAGGCAGGAACCUAGGAAUAAACCUAGAGAGGAACUGAGGGGUGGCCAGUCCUCUUCUGGC